GCCGUGCACCGACGGGCCGCAGGCCAGACCUUUUUUUAUCAGGACAUCGUUGAACGACGAGUUUAUCUUCGCUUCUGCUUUACAUAUCAACCACACCAGUGCCAGUGAAUAUCAAGAUGUCGUCUCGAUUUUUUCACGGCGGAGACUCUGACAGCGAGAGCAGUUCCUCCGAGGAGGAAGAGCUCUACUCUGGCCGAGAGGAGGAAUCCGAAGAAGAAUCCGAAGAGGAAAGUGAAGAGGAAGAAGAAGAGUCUGAGGACGAAUCUUCCGAAGAUGAAGGUCGUGGUACGGGCGCCAGCCGGUUCUUGAAGCCUUCAGGACUGGGCGGCGAUGAGUCGGACGAGAGCGAGGACGAAGACCGCGAACGAGUGGUCAAGAGCGCUAAAGACAAGAGAUUUCAGGAAUUGGAAAGCACUAUCAGAGCGAUCGAAAAUGCUCAAAAAAUCAAUGACUGGGCUGUCAUUUCCACAGAAUUCGACAAGAUGAACCGCCAGGUCGUCAAGGUCGUUCAGCAAGGCGCCUCUCCCAAGAUUUACAUCAAGAUGAUCGCCGACCUCGAAGAUUUGAUCAAUGAGACCAAUGAUAAACAAAAGUCGGGAGGCAAGAAGAUGAAUCCCAUCAAUGCCAAAGGUUUCAACGCAAUGAAGCAAAAGAUCCGGAAGAAUAACAAGGAUUACCACACCGAGAUCGAGAAGUAUCGGGCGAACAAGGAGGAGUUCAUGGAGUCAGAUGAAGAGGAGCAGACGGAGGUGGAGCAAAAGACGCGCAAGAGCAAAGUCCAGAGACUAGACGCCAUUGAGGCUGCUAUUGAUGAAGAAGGAUUUGCGACGGUCGGUAGAGGAGGCAAGGCUCUUGUCUAUACACCAGAAAGUAUCCUGAAGCAUCUGCGCUCCAUCGUGGAGUCCCGUGGCAAGAAGAACACCGACCGGACCGAACAGAUACGGAUCAUGGAGAGAUUACUCGAAGUCGCCAAUACCCCCUACCAGCGGAUACGGGUCCUAUUGACUAUCAUCUCCACAAGAUUUGACGUCACCAGCUCGUCUGUGCAGGCUUAUAUGUCACAAGAGUCGUGGCGAGCAGCGGAGCGAGAGUUCUCGUCCCUGUUGCAGACACUCGAGGACGAGUCUCAGUACAUUGUUACGGAAGUCGCUGAUGAAUGGGAAGACGACGAAAAGCAGCCAAGCCCGGCGGCUGGUGAGAUCUUCAAGAUUCCUGGCAGCGUUGUUUCCCUGUUGGAGAGACUUGAUGACGAGUUGACGAGAUCUCUGCAACAAACCGAUCCUCAUACUGCCGAAUACAUCGAAAGAUUGGGCGACGAACAGCUUCUAUAUACUGAUGUCGUCCGGACGCUAAUUUAUACCGAGACAACCAACAAGAAGCUCGAGAAAUCUGAGACGCGCCAGGAGAACAUCAACCGGACCGUCAUCAGGCGCUUAGAACACAUCUAUUUCAAGCCGACGCUCGUUGUGAAGAUCUUGGAAGAGAAGACUUGGGCGGCUUUGCCACCAAGUCUCAAUUCAGAACUCACCCCGCGCGACAAGUUCACAGAGGUUGCGCCGCUUGUUCAAGGUCUUUGCACUCAUCUAUUCGAACACAGUGAGGGCAUUAUCCGAGCCCGAGCCAUGCUGUGCGAGAUCUACUUCCUUGCUCUACAGGAUAAUUACUAUCGCGCGAGGGAUCUUGCUCUUAUGAGUCAUCUGACCGAGAACAUUUCCUCGUUCGAUGUGAGCACGCAGAUCCUCUUCAACCGAACGCUCGUUCAGAUUGGUCUCUGCGCCUUCAGAGCAGGACUCUGUUAUGAGGCACAGGGUGUCCUCCAGGAGAUCUGUGGCUCUGGCCGCCAAAAGGAACUAUUGGCCCAAGGUGUCAUCAUGCAGAGGUAUUCCACCGUAACUCCAGAGCAGGAACGGUUGGAACGUCAGCGACAGCUUCCCUUCCACAUGCAUAUCAACCUGGAGCUGCUGGAGUGCGUCUACCUGACUUGCAGCAUGCUCCUCGAAAUUCCUCUCCUCGCACAGACUGGUUCAUCACCGGACGUCCGAAAGAGAGUCAUCUCCAAGACUUUCCGACGCAUGCUCGAGUACACCGAACGACAAGUCUUCCAGGGACCUCCUGAGAACACUCGCGACCACGUCAUGCAAGCAGCCAAGGCUCUCGCCCAAGGUGACUGGAAGAGAUGCCAGGAGCUCAUCAGCAAGAUCGGCAUUUGGGAUCUCCUUGGCAGCGAUAAGGACAAGAUCAAAGCCAUGCUGGCUGAACAGAUCCAAGAAGAAGGACUACGAACCUAUCUUUUCACAUACGCUCCUUAUUAUGACACCCUCUCGAUAACAACACUGUCAGGCAUGUUCGAGCUGGAUCCUAAGAAGAUUGCAGCGGUCGUCUCGAAAAUGAUCUCACACGAAGAACUCGCCGCCGCGUUGGACCAGGUCAACGAUGCCAUUGUCUUCCGAAAAGGUGUCGAGCUCUCUCGCCUCCAGAGUCAAGUCAUUACUCUUUCCGAGAAGGCGAUGGGUAUCCUCGAGUCAAAUGAGAAGGUGCUGGAGACGAGGACGGCCGGCAUGGCAAAUGCAUUCCAGCGAGAUCAAGGACAGAGAGGAGGCCGUGGUGGCCGUAGUGGGCGCACCAACCUGCAGGGCCUGGCUCGCGGUCAAGGUCAACGACGCCCUGGUGGCCAGCAGUUCAGUGGCGGAGCUCUUGGAGGUGCAAUUAAAGCUUAAAGUCGAGUUUUGAUUAGGGGAGUUGGUUUCAUCAUCAUCAAUGAAUUGCAUUUUUGCUGGUAGCCCAAGGGGAUCAACAUAUGGACACAAUUGACGCAACGGCACAAAAAAUUAGAUAGUGGUGCGCUGUCAGCGUAGAGAGAAUCGUUUUGUAUGAAAUGAAAAGAUCGCUAGUGUGUCAAAUGAAUCCCC